AUGUCUGCACAGUUCGUGGACUCCCUCAUCCUGAUGCGGGUAAUGCGCAUGGAACUUCACCGUCGAAUCGCCUUCCUGAUCGCCCAGAAAUCAUUCAAACGCCGUUUUGUAGGCUUGCUCGCUCGCUUCACGGGCUCAGUCCCUGUUACGCGAGCAAUGGACAACCUGAAGCCGGGCAAGGGAACUAUCUAUCUACCGGACCCCAUCAACAACCCGACCUUGCUACGCGGCCACGGCACAGACUUUACUUCUUCGGCAUUUGAAGUUGGCGGGACUAUCUCGUUGCCCUCGGUUGGUGGACGGUCAAGCAGUACGGAUAUCGGCGAGAUCAAGGGACCCGAGGAAAUCAUAUUGAAGAAGCCGUUCAAGACCCAGCAGGCCCUGCAGCAGUUGACGGGGCGCGACGACGUGGAUGAAGACGGCAACUUUACGGGGGGUGCGGACGUUAAGAGUCCAGCUGAGUUUCAGGGCUCGAAGUUCAAGGUUGCGCCGCACGUUGACCAGACGCAGGUGUAUAAUGCUGUCUUUGAUACGCUCAAUCAGGGAGGCUGUAUUGGCAUCUUCCCGGAGGGCGGAAGUCAUGAUCGUCCGGAUCUCUUGCCAUUGAAAGCUGGCGUUGCGUUGAUGGCCCUUGGAGCUGUGGCUGCCAACCCUGACUGCGAUGUGACCAUUAUACCCUGUGGAAUGAACUAUUUCCAUGCCCACAAGUUCCGGUCUCGGGCGGUCAUUGAAUUUGGAAACCCGGUCAAGGUGCCGCCGGAGCUGGUCAAGAUGUACAAGGAGGGCCAGAAGCGAGAGUCUGUAGGCACCCUGUUGGACACGAUAUACCAGGCCCUAGUCACCGUUACCGUCACAUCUCCUGACUACGAAUCUCUUAUGGUCAUCCAAGCUGCGAGACGGCUGUACAAUCCUACAGGGAAGAAACUACCGCUGCCAAUGGUUGUCGAGCUCAACCGUCGUCUGGCCAAAGGGUACGCCCACUACAAGGACGACCCCCGGAUUAUCAGCCUGAAAAAAUCAGUGCUGGACUACAACAAGCAGCUCCGCAUCCUGGGCAUCCGAGACCACCAGGUCCAGUAUGCCAAAUUCUCCUUCUUCAAAGUGGUGGCCACUCUCAUCUACCGCCUGGGCAAGCUGGCAGUCAUGGCCAUCGGCACUCUUCCCGGCUUCGUCCUCUUCCUGCCCGUCUUCGUGGCCACCAAGAUCAUCUCUAUCAGAAAGUCGCGAGAGGCACUGGCAGCGUCCAGCGUCAAGAUCCAGGGCCGCGACGUAAUGGCUACCUGGAAGCUGCUCGUGGCCCUCGCCUUUGCACCGCUGCUCUAUACCUUCUACACCGUCCUGCUCACCUACUGGACCUACAGCCACCGGGUCUGGGGUUACGUCCCUGACUGGGUGCCCCUCUGGACCAUCAUCCCCUUCGGCUUCUGGAUCUUCCCAUCCAUCACCUUUGCCGCUCUCCGCAUCGGAGAAAUAGGCAUGGACAUUCUCAAAUCGCUCCGUCCACUGGUCCUAUCUCUCAACCCCAGCUCAGCAAACACCCUCGUCAGGCUCCGAGAACGCCGAGCCGAGCUCUCCAUCCAAGUAACCGACCUUAUCAACACCCUGGGACCCGAGAUGUUCCCUGACUUCGACUCCUCGCGUGUGGUCUCCAACCCCUUCAAGGACACCAUUUUCCGCGAGAGCCUGCCCUCUUCUUCCCUGGAGUCUCUCGAAGAAAACGAGACAGACGAACCGCUCGACGACUACGGCCGUCCACGCAUCAUCCACCGCUCCCACACCGAAUCCUCCAUGCAGGACCAGCUGCCUCGCAAUGAAUCCUUCCACGACCUCGCCAGCUUCGGCUUCUUCUCUACUCGCCCGUCCAGUCGCAGUCGCAGCCGUAGCAGCUCCAACGGCGGCCUGAUCGGCUCCUCUGGCUUCCCGCUCAAGGAGUUCAGCACACUGGACUCGAAGGAGAGCUUCGACGAGGUGAGCAAGCGGAUCCGGGGCGCCAUGCGGGAGCGAGGUCGUCAGCGCCGCCGCAAGAGCGAGGACUCGAACAUGUGGGAGGCUUCGGACUCUGAGUCCCAGACUCCAGAGAACCGCAAGGACGUCUAG